AUGGAGAACAACAACAAUAAUAAUAGUAAAAAUAAUAAUAAUACCAAUAACAAUGAUAAGAAUAAUGAUAGUAACAGUAGUAAUAAUAAUAUAGCAAUCUCAAAUACAUCUUCAACUAAUAUAAUAACAGAACAAUUUCAAAAUAGAGUAAAGAUUAGACCAUAUUUAACAGCAGAUAGGGAAAUUUUAUCAGGUAUAUGUAGAUUACCACAAAACAUCGAUUUAAAUACAUUAAAAGCAUAUUCAAUAAGUGAUGAUUAUUCCAUUAGAAGAUCAAUGAGCCAAAAUGGAUAUAUGUUUGUUGCAGAGGAUAGAUUUGAUUGUAGUGUAGUUGGAGCAAUUUGUAUUUCAGAAAAAAAAUUAAAAUUAGAUGGAAGAGAAAGAGUAUUUUUUUAUUCUUUUGAUGCCAUAGUCGAACCAAAAUACAGAAGCUUUAAAAUUUUAAACAAACUCACAGAAACUGCAGCAAAUGUUUAUCUAAAGCACUGGAAAUUAGAGCCAAUCAUUUAUAGUUCAACUAUCAAAAUGAAUUUAGGUAUGGAAAAGUAUUAUGAAAGUACUGGUAUGGUUAAAUUUAUCGAUCAAAUUCAACAUGCAUGGAAAGUAGAUAUUGAAAUAAUGCAUUCACCAAUAGUUUCUGAUGAAAACUUCAAGGUUUGGGUAGAAAAAGACACUGAUAUAAUAAAGGAUAAAUUCAUAGAGUAUUUCAGCAAUUACGAAAUGUGUCCAGUUGAUUUUGAAGAUAUCAUUUUAAAUAAAUACUGGAAGAAGACUUAUUUUGCUCAAUACCGUACACUAGAUGGCAGAAUCAUUGAAGCAUCUAUCAGCAUUUGGGACCAAAAUAAAGUAUGUACAUUAUUCGAUUUGGAUGGAACUGAACAGCAAAUUAUAAACAACAGUUCAAAGUUAAAAGAUGGUAAAGCAAAAUUAAAUUUCCUUCAAUUGUAUGCAUGUUAUACCAAUGAAAAAUCAAAUGACAAUAUUCAUUUAUUUAAUGAAUUAUUAAAAUUUGUUCACAAUGAUAGUCUCAAGAAUAAAAUUGAUUACUUAUUUAUUGGUUUAGCAAAAUCAGAUCCAAUCGAAACCCAGUUUCCAUUGCUACCAGGUAUAAAAAGUUUGGAUUUCGCGUUGCAUUUUUGUGUAUCAAAUUUUGAUGUAUCUUUAGUAGACAAACUAUCAAAAAAACCAUUUUUUCAAGAUCCAAGAGACUAUGGGGUUAUCAUGUUUCACUCCACUGAUCCAAAUAAAAAUGAUCCUUUGUUAUCAAAUUCACUAAUUUCAUCAAAGCUAUAA